AUGGACAUAAUUUGUUACCUGCUAGUUAUAGUUGUGUUGAACAUCCAAGCGCAUGGAAGCGUCUCUCAAUGUUUACACGGGUGCAGCUGUGUGGAGGACCGUCAUGGGAGGUCGCUCAUAUGCAUGGAGGAGAACGCGUUUGGGGCCAUACCAGGGAACCUCUCAAAUGAUAUGACCAAAAUACGUAUAGAAAAAUCUCACUUCACUGAAAUACCCAGAGGGGCUUUCUCCAGUGCGCCCUCCUUGGAGAACCUGUGGUUGAACUUCAAUGACAUCACACUCAUUAACUCAAAGGGCCUGGAGGGUUUGGGGAAUUUGACCGAGCUGCGCCUGCAGGGGAACAAGCUGCGUUCAGUACCAUGGACAGCGUUCGAGGACACGCCGGCUCUCAAGAUCCUGGACCUGAAGCACAACCAGCUGGACGUGCUGCCGGAGCAUGCGUUAAAAUUUCUGCCAGGUCUGACUUACUUAGAUUUGUCCUUCAAUCGACUUACGGUCAUAUCAAAGGAGGUCUUUCAAAAUUGGCCCCUCUACCAGAAGCUGCAGGGCAUGGGCGACCGGGAGGCGACCGCCCUCGGGGUGAAUGUCGUCCUGGCGCUGCACGACAACGCCUGGCUCUGCGACUGCCGCCUGAAGGGCUUCGUGGAGUUCAUCAGGUCCCCACCGCCCCCGAUUAUACUGAUGAACUCCUACUUGACCUGCUCAGGGCCGGACUUUAGGGCGGGCAAGUUCUUCCACGAGGUCGAGCUGCAGGCGUGUGUGAAGCCGGCGGUGAGCAGCCCAGCCUCCAACAUCAGCCUGCCACAGGGCGCGAACCUUACCCUGCGCUGCCUCGCCAAAGCCCGGCCCGACCCCUCGGUGUGGUGGACAUAUGGUCUGAAGAUAAUCAGAGGAUUUCAUGAGUCUCAGGAAAGAGUGGAUGAGGACACCAUCAGAUCCCUCCUGGUGAUCCCCUCCCUCCAUGCUGCUGACCGUGGUGUGUACACCUGCACCGCUGUCAACUUCAUAGGGAACUCCUCUGUCAGUGUCCUCCUGGAUGUUCUCUCUCCUGACAGCUCCCACCCGUCAAACCUCCCCGGCGUCCCGGCUGCACCCGGGGUUGGGGAUGAAAACGUCUACAUUGACAUCCGCAUCGCCAAACAGACAGUACGUGGCAUAUCCAUCGAGUGGUACGCUGCCUUGGACCGUCCCGCAGAAACCUGGUUCACCAUCCACUUUGGACGCGCAGAUGAUAAUAAAAAAGAAAUGAUCUACAUCGGCCCCGGGAUCCAUUCGUACUCUGUCUCUGAUUUGAUGCCUGCCUCCAAAUAUGAAAUCUGUGUGACCCUCAAGAAUAAGACGCCGCGUCCAGGCCAGUGCAUUGUGUUUGUAACAGGAAGUGACAUCACUGAAAUGGAACAGAGGGAGAAACUGAUUCAUAUAAUAGUCAUAGUUUUAGCCAUGGUGCUGGCCGUGCCUAUAGGCAUGUACGCGUGUACCACUGAAACUAGGUUCUCCUGUCUGGAGGAUGUCAUGAAGUUCUGGAAGAGCCAGCAGAGAGAGGGCGGCUCCCACGAGAUGGAGCGGGAGAGGCAGGGCACCUUCGACAGCCUGCAGGCCGCCAGCGACGAGGGCCUGGUUAAGAAGGAAUCCAGUGAAGACAGGAAGGUGAGGAGGAGGUCAGAUGACAGAAUGAUUAAGAGCAAAGCAGACCACAGCAGACUCACAGCUGAACUGUAUUAA